GCAAAGUUAACACGUCAACGAAUGCCACGCUCGUGGUGUUCAUGUUUUAUCUUUUUACACAAUAUUUUAUAUAGUGAUAUUAUAUAUGUAAUUUAAUGUAUUAUUAACAAUUUAAAUUUAAAUAAUUAAUAAUUAUAAAUAAAUAAAAAUGGGGGCCUUUGUGAAAGUUAAGGAUUUACGUUUUUCAGCACAAAAACACGAGACACUUUUAAAAUUAACUAUUUUAUCAUUAGCUGCUGUUUUAUCUUUUGCAACUCGUUUGUUCUCAGUAUUGAGAUACGAAAGUGUUAUCCAUGAGUUCGAUCCUUACUUUAAUUACAGGACGACAAAGUACCUUGCGGAGGAGGGUUUUUAUAGUUUUCAUAAUUGGUUUGAUGAUCGAGUAUGGUAUCCACUUGGAAGAAUUAUCGGAGGGACAAUUUACCCAGGACUGAUGGUAACAUCAGCGACGUUGUACCGUCUUGCCCAAAUGUUAAACAUCCCAAUAGACAUUCGUAAUGUCUGCGUAUUUCUCGCUCCGUUAUUCUCGAGCUUCACAACAAUAGUAACAUAUUUACUAACUAAAGAAUUGAAAGAUUCAUCAUCUGGUUUAUUUGCUGCCUGCAUGAUCGCUAUUGUACCAGGAUACAUAUCACGAUCUGUCGCCGGAUCUUAUGACAACGAAGGAAUAGCUAUAUUUUGUAUGCUAUUCACUUACUACAUGUGGAUAAAAGCCGUAAAAACUGGAGCCAUAUUUUGGUCAACAUGUGCAGCACUCGCUUACUUUUACAUGGUCUCGUCCUGGGGUGGUUAUGUCUUCCUUAUAAAUCUUAUUCCACUUCACGUGCUGACUCUCAUGGUCACUGGACGGUUUUCCCACAGAAUUUAUACCGCGUACAGUAUCCUUUAUUGUAUUGGUACCGUUUUGUCAAUGCAAAUUGCCUUCGUUGGUUUUCAGCCGGUUCAAAGUUCUGAACACAUGCUCGCACUUGGAGUUUUUGGGUUGUGCCAAAUUCACGCAUUCGUUGAUUACUUGCGUAGCAAAUUAUCUGAAAAUGACUUUGAAUUAUUAUUCCGCGGUCUUAUUGCUUCAAUGUUGACUAUCUCUUGUGUAAUCGGUGGAAUUUUAACAAUAACAGGCAAAAUUUCACCAUGGACGGGUAGAUUUUACUCACUUUUAGACCCUUCAUACGCUAAAAAUCAUAUCCCCAUAAUCGCAUCAGUGUCCGAGCAUCAGCCAACAUCAUGGAGUUCAUUUUACUUUGAUCUCCAAGUACUCGUAUUUCUAUUCCCAGCUGGUUUAUAUAUUUGUUUUUCAAAACUCACAGACUCAAACAUAUUUCUUAUACUCUAUGGUGUAACUAGUCUCUAUUUCGCGGGUGUUAUGGUCCGUUUGAUGCUGGUACUUGCGCCUGUAAUGUGUAUCUUAGGUGGAAUCGGUGUAUCAUCGUUACUAUUAACGUACAUGAAGCAGCUUGAAAGUAAUAAAGUAGUUGAGAAAAAAUCACGCAAGUUUGAAAAUAAUUAUGUACUGCGAGGAGAAAUAGCGAUGUUAUUUAUUGCGAUAGUAGGAAUGCUAUUUUUUUCAUACACAUUACACUGCACGUGGGUCACCGCCGAAGCCUACAGUUCACCGAGUAUCGUUUUAUCAGCACGAUCUCCAGACGGUGGGCGCAUGAUCUUCGAUGAUUUCCGGGAGGCUUACUACUGGUUACGUAUGAAUACGCCAGAAGACGCUAAAGUUAUGUCAUGGUGGGAUUACGGCUAUCAGAUAACGGCAAUGGCUAAUCGGACUAUUUUAGUUGACAAUAAUACGUGGAAUAAUACUCACAUAUCGCGUGUUGGUCAAGCAAUGGCUAGUUCCGAAGAAAAGGCGUAUCAAAUUAUGCGUGAACUAGAUGUUAAUUAUGUACUUGUCAUUUUUGGUGGACUAACGGGAUACUCGUCUGAUGAUAUUAACAAGUUCCUGUGGAUGGUCCGCAUUGGUGGCAGUACUGAAGAAGGAAAAUCGAUUACCGAGUGGGAUUAUUAUAAUCCUUCAGGUGAAUUCAGAGUUGACAAAGAUGGAUCGCCGACUUUACUUAACUGCUUAAUGUACAAGAUGUGUUAUUAUCGUUUUGGACAAGUUUAUACUGAAGGAGGUAAACCAUCCGGGUACGACAGGGUCAGAAAUAUGGAAAUCGGAAACAAAGACUUUGAGUUAGAAACAUUAGAAGAGGCCUACACAACAGAACACUGGCUCGUGCGCAUUUACAAAGUUAAAGACUUAAAGAAUAGAGGAUAUUAGAUAUCUCAUAAUAAAUUUUAUUUUUUUUAUUCAUCCAAUUACUUCAGGCUUAACGUAACAGUGAUCAUGAUCAUACAUUCUUUACACUAUUUUCACAUUUAAAAGAUUAAUUUUUUAAAAAAUAUUAUUAUUAUUAAUAAUCAAAUCCAUUUUCAAUGAAAUUCCAAUAAUAUACAUAAUAUUUUUUUUAAUUAUAUUUUAUUAUCGUGGACCUGAAACUGGAACGUUUUUCGCCCAACGAAAACAAAUCGAAAAAUAAAAAAUCCACUGGAUGACGAGAUUUCUAAAUUAUUUCGUAUGUAGAUGCUGGAAUGUCAGCUGAAAAUCUUAGGCCACUCCCACACCCGGACCUACUCUUUAAGCUGUCAAAUUAUAUAAUUUUUUCAUUUUCGUUGCGCGAAAAAC